AUGAGCACUGAUGUUGAUUCUGUGCAACCUUGUCAGCAGGAUGACUGGAUUUUUGAGUUCAAACGCUUGGGGAAAAACAAAAAAUCGUUCUAUGACAUACCACUAUCAUUAGCCAAACAGAAGCUUUUUCGUUUUGUUCUUAUGUACAGAGUCUUCAUAUGGUUGUUGCAGUUUUUGUUUAAUAUAUGGGAUUUCUCUACGGAUGCUUUUAAAGGUAUCCCAGUAGAGCGAGGAAACAUUUCUAUAUUAGAUAGGACCGUCUUGAGAGUUUUUCAAGGCUUUCAUCGAUGGGAUGCUAUUCAUUUUGUGCAUAUAGCCGAGUAUGGUUAUGCUAUUGAAAACAGUUUAGCUUUCUUCCCUCUACUACCGGUGAUCCUUAGGCAAUUAGCUUCUCCGCUAUCCAUUAUACUCAAUUUUCAAGUGUCUUGCAUUCUGGUUGGAUCUCUUUUGAACAUGGGGUUAUUCUGCGCUAGUGCUAGGCUUCUUUACUUUGUUGUUAAAGCUGUUACUCAUUCUGAUAAACAAGCUACGAUUGCUGUUAUUCUAUUCGCUGUCAAUCCUGCAAGCGUUUUUUUUUCAGCUAUUUAUACGGAAUCGGUUUACUCUUUCCUGACCUUUGCUGGAAUAGCCUUAAUGCUAUGCUCAGAAUCGUACUUCUUCCUCCGCUUUACAUUAGCUUCAACAGUUUUUGCUCUGGGAUAUCUUACAAGAAGUAAUGGCAUUAUGAACAUAGGCUAUUUAUGGUUUUAUUCUGUUCUCGAGUUUCUUUUUGUUGUUGUUAUAAAGCCAAAGGGUGAUUAUGAACUAGUUAAGAAAACAUUCAUUUUCAAAAAGGGUCGUUUACUCACCGGUUUUUAUAUUUUCCUAUGUACGUUGCUUCUGACUCUUGCCAUGGUUUAUAUUUGGUUGCCGUUACAUGUUUAUAGUGAGCAUCAGAGAACGAGGUUCUGCACAGAAGACAAUUUGAAACAAGUUCCUAUUCAUUUGAAGAAACUUGCUCUACGAUCAGAAGUCGCUCUGAUAGGAGCAGUUGAUGAGUUAACCUGGUGCAAUGAGCCGUUCGGUCUCCUCCCACCUUUCUAUAAAACGAUUCAAUUGAAAUAUUGGAAUGUUGGGUUCCUCAAGUACUGGAUGUUCUCAAAGUUACAUUGUUUCCUAUUAGCAUCUCCAACUCUUUUCCUAAUAGUUUAUGGUGUUUAUCAAAUGUUUAUUGAGCUUUUUCACGAUGGAUUGUUAAAAACUUUGGCUGAACAAAACGGCAGCUUCAUUCCUUACACAAUGCACAGCUUGUUCAUCGGUUUGAGUGCCGUGUUCAUGUUCAAUACAGAGGUUGUAACACGCAUGAUUUUCUCAUCCACACCUUUUCCUUAUUUGAUAUUAGCGAAGUGGAUGGACUCACGAACACCACGGGCCAAACUCUCAGAUAUAGUUCAUCCAGAUUUUCUACCGUUCCUCUCAUACUUUUCUUGGAAAGGUAUUCCAGAGUUCCUUGUUUAUUUGUUCUUUUUGUCAUAUUCUAUUCUUGGCACAACAAUGCAUUCAAUGUUCCUUCCAUUUACUUAA